CAUGACGAUUACCCACAAUCCCCUUCUUCUCCGACUGCCACGUAACAGCUAAAGCUACGCAAGCAGCCGCGUCCCUGCUGAACUUCCUCCCCGGCUCCGGUUCACACAAACCCGGGAUACAGGGAUCAGAUUCACGCGCUUCCACGUACACGGGGGAAUCAUGGGGGGAUCACAGAGCGUGGAGAUUCCUGGUGGAGGAUCAGAAGGCUACCAUGUCCUUAGGGUGCAGGAGAACUCCCCUGGACACCGGGCCGGCCUCGAACCGUUCUUCGACUUCAUCGUGUCCAUCAAUAACACCAGACUGAACAAGGACAACGACACUCUGAAGGAUCUGCUGAAGGCUAACGUGGAGAAGCCAGUGAAGAUGCUGGUGUAUAGCAGUAAGACUCUGGAGCUGCGAGAGGCCACGGUCACACCCAGCAACAUGUGGGGCGGUCAGGGGCUCCUGGGGGUCAGCAUCCGCUUCUGCAGCUUUGAGGGAGCCAACGAGAACGUGUGGCAUGUGCUGGAAAUCGAGCCGAACUCUCCGGCUGCUCUGGCAGGACUGAGGCCGCACACAGACUACAUCAUCGGGGCCGACACGGUCAUGAACGAGUCCGAGGACUUGUUUUCAUUGAUCGAGACCCAUGAGGGAAAAGGACUUAAGCUGUAUGUUUAUAACACAGAUACAGACAGCUGCAGAGAAGUCAUCAUAACUCCCAACAGCGCCUGGGGUGGAGAGGGCAGCCUGGGUUGCGGUAUAGGCUACGGUUACCUGCACAGGAUUCCCACUCGUCCGUUUGAAGAGGGGAAGAAGAUCAGCUUCCCUGCACACACUCCCAGUGCGCCGGCAAGUCCACUGAAGGAUGGCUUCACUGAGGUUCAGCUUUCUGCAGUUACCCCGCCUCCUGUUACAGCAUCAGCCCCCACUGGACUUGAGGAUAAUUUGUCUGGUUUGUCAAUCAGUUCAGCUCCUCCCACGAUGCCCACUGAGCUUCAGACAGGUGUGCCCACAGUCCCACUGCUGCCCACUCAGGUCACCCAAGCCAUGAGCAAUCUGCCCUCGGUCAACCCCGCCACUACGUUACCAGGCUUCAUGCCGUUACCUGCUGGCCUUCCCCCACUGCCCAACCUGCCAAACCUCCCCAACCUGAACAUCCCUCUCCCAGACCUCAGCGGAGUAUCGUUAACGGGAAUCCCCGGCCUUCCUCCUUCCACUACAGGUUUGCCUCCUCUCGCUUCCCUCGCACCUCUCAACCUGCCCGGUAUGGCCCCGAUUCCCAACAUGCCUGGCUUUUUACCCUCCACUCUUCCUUCUACUCUAUCCACAAUGCCUAGCAUGUCCCUUUCCUCUGACCUCGUUCCACCCGUCGUCCCAGCAACCUCCUCCAUGACGCCCAGUCAGACGCCGGCACUCAUCCUGGACGCUACGUCGAACGCCCCAGCAGCAACCGAGACACCCGCAGAGACGAGCGCACGCAUCACCGCAGAGUCGUCAUAACAACCAGGCUUUUUAUCUGCAUCCUAAAACAGGCCUGUCUCUCUCUCUCUCCCUCCCUCCUCCCAUAUAUAUCUAUAUCUCUCUCUCUCUCUGAUCCCUUCUCAGAAAAGAUAUUUAUUCAGCGGGCAGAAACAAGUAUAAGUCGCUCAUGAGGACACGCUGAGAAGGGCGAGGACAGAUGCCACGACCGGGUGCAUGCGCUUUAAUAAAAAAACAAGGUUUUAAAUCCAGACAAAUCCAGAGAGGCCUGGUGUCUAUUCCAAAAGACUAAAAUGUUGAGAUGUUAAAUUUUACACAGAUUUCAAGUGAAAUACUCAUCUAUAGUCCGUGUCACAGUUAGAGAACCUAAACAUCGUGCUACGUUUAUGAAAUUCUAGAAGAACGAUCAAGAACACAACGCAUACACACCCGCACGCAUCAGUCUCUGACAGUAUACGUUAUUAUACCAUUAAACAUCAAAUAAAUUGUUUAUUGUACGAGAUUUCAGUAAAUCUUGAUUAAUUUUGACAGUAUUUCGAAGGACCGACGCUAAUGUGUAAAUAUCUGCACUGUGGACGUCGGUAUGCAGCUUUGGGGAGAGAGAAAAGGGAAGAAUAAAAAAAACAUGUUGCCCCUCUGGAUUUGUCUUUCUAUUCCAUCUGUUUUGCAUUUGAAGGUUUUUUUUUUUCUUCUAACAGUAAGGUUACUGAGGUUAUUGUAUCACUAAAGCCCAUGUUAUUGUCAACGUCGAUGUAAAGAUUGGCUCGAUUAGAAUUUUUAUUUGAAUGAUAAAUAGGGGUGUGUGUGUGUGUGUCCUCUCCCUCUCGGUGAGCUCUUCUUCUGAUUAGAUUAACACCUACAACUCAACACACUAUAUAGAACAGUGAAUAAGGGGAACUGUUUGAGCUUGUGAAGAAUCGAAAACUUGUAACAAAAAGCACACAAGCAAUAAAGUACCUGAGGUUUUACAGUAA